GUUCCUGCAGGCUGUGGGCUGCGCGGUCAAUGAAUGGCUAUAGAGACUAUGGGGUCGGAUCGGCCACUGCUCUCCCGUUGGCUGAUUGCUCGGAAGCAGCAUGGCGUUGCACUGUGAGGAAAGGGGGUGUGUUGGGCCGUUGGCAGUGUUUCAGGCGUCUCCAGUGGACACCUAAAGCGGGACUUGACUGUAUGUAGCUAACACACAUUACCAUUCGCUCACAACAUGGCGAUGGACCGGAGAGCGCAGCGACGGCUCUCUCCUCUUCACUGCCGCUCUCUUUAGGAGAAAUUUCAGAGUGGGGAAAAAAAAAAGAAACUAAGCACGUGUAAACAGAAAACUGCUAUACAUUUAUGUACGCAUAGACACACACACGUCGCUUCUCCUGCUGGGAAUAGGUUUUUCAUGGCGCUGGAGGAUCUCUGUUUUUUGUGUCUACUUUCGCUGGGGCUCUCUGCUCUGUCCGUUCAAGCAGAUAAGUCGCACUCUGUGGAGCUGAGCUGCAGUGCUGGCCCGGUUCAGGUUGUUCUGGAGCCGACCCAUUCCCUGGUGCUGGACUGCAACCUGGCGGCGGUGGACCAGCCUGUCAACGUGUCCUGGGGGAGGGACGGAGUGCCAGUGGUGGACAGUGAGGGUCUGCGGGUUCUGCCCAAUGGGUCUCUGGCCAUCUUGCCUGCAUUGCAGGAGGGGCGGGCCCAGGAGCGCAGCUUGGAGGGGGGGUACACCUGUGUGUCCGCCAACGCUUUCGGAGCCCUCAGCAGCCGCACCGUCCUGGUGCAGCUCUCCGGUCUAUCCCGGUUCCUGCAGCACCCAGAGCCUCAGCUGGUGCCCGUGGGUGGUGCUGUGCGGUUCGAGUGCCAUGUGGAUGGACUACCACCACCCCUCAUCACCUGGGAGAAAGACCAGGGCCCCUUGCCUUCCCACCCUAGGUUCAUCUCUCUCCCGAACGGCGUGUUGCAGGUCGUUGGUGUCCAGGAGGAGGACGCAGGGGUCUAUCGCUGUGUGGCAACAAACUCGGCCAGGAAACGCUACAGCCAGGAUGCCACUCUUACCAUCGUUCCAGGUCCCCCUGCUGGCCUGGAGGAGGUGGUGAUUGUGGCACCUCCGAGGAACACCACCGUGGUGGUAGGCAAGAUGACCGUCAUGGAGUGCAUGGCCCAGGCUCACCCCACACCCUACGUCUCCUGGAUACGGCAGGACGGGAAGCCGGUCGCCACUGAUGUAGUGGUACUGUCCACCAACCUAAUGAUUGCGGACACACAGCCGCACCACGCGGGGGUGUAUGUCUGUCGCGCCAACAAGCCGAAGACCCGAGAGUUCGUCACAGCGGCUGCUGAGCUCCGAGUACUAGCUCCACCCACGAUCUUCCAAACCCCGGAGACAGUCUCGCUGUCCCGUGGGAACACAGCGCGGUUUGUGUGCAACAGCUCCGGGGAGCCCCCUCCCACCCUGCGCUGGUUGAAGAACGGGGAACCCAUCCAGUCCAAUGGACGAGUGAAGACCCAGAGCCCGGGGAUCCUGCUCAUCAAUCAGAUUGGCCUGGAUGACGCCGGGUACUAUCAGUGCAUUGCAGAGAACAGCCUCGGCACGGCCUGUGCCACGGCCAAACUGUCGGUGAUUGUGCGCGAGGGGCUGCCCAGCGCACCCCACAUUGUCUCCGCACAGCCCACCUCCAGCUCCACCAUGCUGCUGUCCUGGGAGCGGCCGGAGCACAACAAUGACCAGAUCAUCGGCUUCUCAGUGCACUACCAAAAAGCCGUCGGAUCAGAUAAUAUGGAGUACCAAUUUGCUGUGAACAACGACACUACAGACUUCCAUGUAAAAGACCUGCAGCCCAACACUGCUUACACUUUCUAUGUGGUGGCCUACUCACCCAUGGGUGCCAGCAGGACCUCCACAUCGGUCACUGUACACACGCUGGAGGAUGUGCCCAGCGCCUCCCCACAGCUCUCCCUGCUCAGCACCUCCCCCACCGACAUCCGCGUGAUGUGGCAGCCCCUGUCAGUGGAGCUGAGCCGCGGCUCUGUGACCCAGUACCGUAUCGACUACUGCGCGCUGGAGGAAGAUCAGGUGUACUCUCUGGAGGUGGCAGGCAAUGAGACGCAGGUGACGCUGCAUGGUCUGCACCCCAACAAGCUCUACCGUGUCAGGAUCGCGGCAGGGACACGUGCAGGAUUCGGGGCUCCUUCCGAGUGGACUCUGCACCGCACCCCAGAGCGCUAUAACCACACCAUGGUGCUCUUUGCCCCAACGGAGCUGAAGGUCAGAGCCAAAAUGGACUCCCUCCAUGUCACAUGGCAACCACCAGCCAAUCACGCUCAGAUCACGGGGUAUAAGCUGUACUACCAGGAGGUAGAACUUGAGGACCCUGCCAAUGAGGAGAAUCCUGAAAGUGCGAGAGGAGGUGGCUUGGAGGGCACCACCAUCCGCCUGCGGAAGAAGGCCAAGCAUUAUGACAUCACAGGCCUGGCCCCUGACCAGCUCUAUGAGGUGAGGGUGAGGGCCUUCAACAAACACACCGAUGGCUAUGCUGCUGUGUGGAAGGGCAGGACUGAGAGAGCACCGGUCACUGUAGGAGAGCCGGCCUUACGCAGUCUGCCCCCCCUGCCCCCCACUGGUAUCCAGGCGACCGCAAACAGCUCCACCUCUAUCUGGCUGCGGUGGGAGAAGCCGCGUUUCAGCACCGUCCGGAUCAUCAACUACACCGUGCGCUGCAGCCCCUCGGGCGUCAAGAAUGCCUCGCUUGUCUCCUACUAUACCAGCAAUGCCCAGGAGAUCCUGGUGGGGACGCUGAAGCCCUUCAUGCGGUACGAGUUGGCGGUCCAGUCUCACGCCCAGGGGGUGGAUGGGCCCUUCAGCAAAGUUGUGGAAGAGUCUACCCUUCCAGACAGACCCUCCACACCCCCGGCAGAGCUGCAGGUCAGACCGCUGAAUCCUCACGCUGUGUUUGUGCGCUGGCGCCCCCCUUUGGAGCCCAAUGGCAUCAUUGUGGAGUACAAUAUCCUUUACAGCGAGAACAGCAGCCAGCCAGAUAACCUGUGGAGCUCACUGUCUCGAGAGGGGAACACCUUCAGCACAGAGGUGGAGGGGCUGCAGAGCGCCACGCGCUACUUCUUCAAAAUGGGGGCCAAGACCGUGGUGGGGGCAGGACCCUUUUCCUCAGUAAAGGAUGUCCACACGCUGCCAGAGACAGCUGAGCCAGGUCUCCUGGACAUCCACUCUGUGACAGGGAUCAUCGUGGGGGUGUGUCUCGGUCUGCUCUGUAUCCUGCUCUGCAUGUGCGUCAGCUUCCGGAGCAGCAAGGGCAGGGACACGCCUGGGGGGCUGGACUCGCGAGGUUCCUCGGCUCUGUCCUCGCAGUACCGGAAGGGCCGGUCAGCCCCUGUCGCUGUGCCAGACUGCCAUGAGCUGGAGACACUUAUGUCGCCACGGCCAGAGGACACCACACUGCCCCUGACCGAGGCCACGGAGGUCACUGAGGAGCAGAGCCUCAUGGGAUCCAGGCCAGCAGAGGAGAGCCUGAACCUGAGCCUGGAGCCCAAGUCUGCCUGGAAUGGCUCCGUGAGCCGCAACUGGACCAAUAACAUCACCAGUUACCGGGACACCAUCACGGAGGGCUCUCCGGUGCUUGGUAACGGGUCGAUGGGCAUGGUAACGAAAACCCAUACAGAGAAGCCCCUGGAACCCCCUACUCCAGAUUCCAGCAAGAGUGAAGUGAAAAACAAGGUGUUCCCAGCUAUGGCCUCCAACCAGGUGGAGGCAGAGGUGAUAGUGCACUCGGAGCUCUCUGAGCCAGAGGGCGAAUGGGGGGAUGAGAGUGAGGGGUCCUGCCAUCUCUCACACAGUGAUGGCACCCCCCCCGCUACCGAGCAGCUCCCACGGGCCCCUGCGGCAGCAGAACCUGACUCUCAGGACUCCCAAGAGCCCACACCCAAAGUGCUGACCAAUCACAAGGAGGCAAACGGUGACAUCUCCGGGGAGGGGGUGGGAUACCCAGCCCCUCUGAACAGUGACAGAUGGGAACGUGGCAAACUGGAGCCGAGUCAGGGCAACGGGCUCACCAAUGGUUUUCACAGCCCUGAGAACCAUGUCCCCGCGGAGAACAGAGACUCUUUACAGCCCAGCAGCAGACGUUUCACACCGGGCAAGGGACUUCUCCUGCACCCCCAGGAGGCCCCAUCACAGCACGCAGCUUCUGGCUUAAUUAACUCUACCUCAACAGCCCACAGCUACUUACACCCGUAACCGCUGGCAGGAAUACUUCAAGGCAUUCUGAUGUUGGAGGGGAAAGAGGCAAAAGAACCAGAAAACUGUUUUUGUACAGACGUCUCUCCUGGCUCCCAUCCUGCUGUGCUUUAGCUUUCUGCAUCCUCUUUCAGGGCGAAGAAGAAUUAUUUUCUUUAGCUGUAUAAGGCUUUCUACUUCACGGUGAUUAUGCUGCCAGAAAUCAGCGCUAAAAUGAUCUGAUAGAUUGGCAUAUUUUAAUUGUGAUCAUAAAGAAAGAUCCACGCAUACAGGAAAACCUGUGUGCAGCUGGCCAAAUCAGGUGGUGCUUCGGUUAUUUUUCAAGAAAAUAUUUGAAAGAGCAUCACAGUUGAUCAGAACAUUGACUACAGGACAUACCUCCUCUCACUUGAUAGGUUGUUUUCUCACUAUAUAGGCCACUGUAACUAAACCAAGGGGAGAAGAAAAACAGAGGAUUCUUGGAAUGCAACAGGAAUGGUUUUUUUAAUAAGACACAGGCUGCUAAAAGGAGGUGAUAAGAAAAACAAGACUGAAAAUGUCCCAAUGUUGCUUUGUAAAUUUGUGUGAUCAUUUUCCCCUCUACACAGGGAUUACAUGCUAUUGCAUAUCAAUAUGAACUUUCUUGUUUCAGGAGUAUAUUUUACUAUAUUGGAAUACUGUCUUCUGCGCUAUAUGGAAUUACGUACCCUACACAUAAGACUGAAUGAAGGCGUUUUACUGCCGGGACCUCUCAUUGUGCAGAGAAGAAGACAAAUACAAGAACUGCAGUCGUUGGAUUCCUUACCUAGAAGGUCUCGUUUAUCUUGUAUUGAGAAAACCCUGAUGUCACGACAGGCUCCUGUCAUUGCCUCCCCUCCUCUCCCGUGACUAGAGUGUCCCCCACUGUCCCUCUGGACACUGGAACAGACUCCGACACUAGAUGCCGGAGUGACAGCCCUGCAUUUACACACUCUGCGAGUGCCUCUAACCCCUUUCCCUGUCGCUGGAUCUCCUCCAAUCUCUGGCUCAGACACAACGCCUCGGUUAAGGUGCCUAAUAUUUUAGGUACAUUUGGCCUACAUUCAAUAAAACAAAAUGCGAAACAAACAUCACAACAAAGACA